UACAACACAACUCAAUUGGUCUUUUUGGAAUAAAACAGAACCAUUCAACAAACAAGAAGCAAGUUUCUUUCAACAAUGGCCAACUCCAAGAACAAAGCCAAGAAGUUAUCCUACAUCUCCGUUCCAUCUCAGAUCAUCAACUCCAUUUCAUCUUCUUCAUUGCAAUCUCUCCUUGAAUCCCCCAAGAAAUCUUCUUCAAGACCAACCUCCAUGAACAAGUUCUUCAACUUCAACUUCACCAGCCCAAGACUCUUCUUCUCCACACUCUUCUUCAUUGGCUUAUUCGGCAUGAUCAAGUUCGGAUUCGACGUUGACAUCCCCUUUUCCCCUUACCCAUGUUCCAUUUCUCUCCCACAACAACACCAACACUCCCAAUUGCAAUCAAAAUCAAAACUUGGAGCUGUUUCUAAGGUUGAUGAAUCAGUUCAUAAUGCUGAGAAAGAAGGGGUCUUUAAUGCUGCUACUAAUUCUUUGUCUCAGUCACAUACUGUGGUUUCUAAUGUGCAGUUACAAGCAAGAGGGUCUAAUGUUGAUGGUGAAGAGGUUGUUGAGAAGAGUGAGUUUUGGAAGCAACCAAAUGGGUUAGGGUACAAGCCAUGCUUGGAAUUCAGUAGGGAUUAUAGAAUGGCAAGUGAAGGUGUUGUGAAGGAGAGAAGGAAGUAUCUAAUGGUUGUGGUUUCUGGUGGGAUGAAUCAGCAGAGGAACCAGAUUGUUGAUGCUGUUGUCAUUGCUAGAAUCCUUGGUGCUUCUUUGGUUGUUCCUAUUUUGCAGGUCAAUGUCAUUUGGGGUGAUGAAAGUGAAUUUGCUGAUAUAUUUGACUUGGAGCACUUCAAGAGAGUUCUGGCCAAUGAUGUGCAUGUGGUUUCGGCCUUGCCAUCGACACACCUGAUGACAAAGCCAGUGGAGGGGAGCCCUCCCCUUCAUGUCACUCCUAGUUGGAUUCGCGCACGCUAUCUCAAAAGGCUCAACAGAGAAGGCGUGUUACUUCUACGUGGCUUGGAUUCAAGGCUGUCAAAGGAUCUUCCUUCUGAUCUUCAGAAGCUUCGAUGCAAGGUUGCUUUUAAUGCAUUAAGAUUUGCAAAGCCAGUCCUGGAACUAGGUAACAAGAUUGCAGAGAGAAUGAAGAGCAAGGGACCGUACCUUGCGCUUCAUCUUCGGAUGGAGAAGGAUGUUUGGGUGAGGACUGGUUGUCUACCUGGUCUGAGUCCUAAGUAUGAUGAGAUUGUAAAUAAUGAGCGGAUUCAACGGCCCAAGCUCUUGACAGCAAGAUCAAAUAUGACUUACCAUGAAAGGAAGCUAGCUGGCCUAUGCCCUUUGAAUGCUGUAGAGGUUACCAGGUUGCUUAAAGCUCUAGGUGCUCCGAAAAAUACUAGAAUUUAUUGGGCUGGAGGAGAACCAUUGGGUGGAAAAGAAGCCUUGUAUCCAUUAAUCAAUGAGUUUCAGCAUUUUUACAGCAAGGCAGAUCUUGCCUUGCCGGGCGAACUAGAACCUUUCAAGAACAAAGCUUCUCUAAUGGCUGCAAUAGAUUACAUUGUCUGCGAGAAGAGCGACGUUUUCAUGCCGUCUCAUGGAGGAAACAUGGGCCAUGCAAUUCAGGGUCACAGAGCCUAUGCAGGGCACAAGAAAUAUAUAACUCCAAACAAGAGACAAAUGCUACCUUAUUUUCUGAAUUCUUCCCUUCCGGAAGCCGAGUUCAACAAGAUUGUCAAGGGAUUGCAUCAGGACUCUUUAGGCCAGCCGGAACUCAGGACGAGCAAGGCCGGCCGGGAUGUCACCAAGUAUCCUGUCCCGGAGUGCAUGUGCAAUGGAUCCCGGUCGCGCUCUCGUUCUUGAGUUCCAUUUUUGAUGAAGAAAUAUACUGAUUUGUAUCGCAGGCAAUGUAGAUUUCUGUUAGAGUGAUAGGAGCAGAUUCAUCUUUGAUUCUUCAUACAGUCUUUGUAAAAAUGUAAAAUAGUAGUAUACAUGACAACAGAUUCAUUCUUUGAUUCUUCAUACAGAGUUUGUAUAGGAUAUAUACACGGGACUCUUUGUUCUUUCUGAUUCUUUUGUAAUACUACAAUUUUAAAGUCUUGUACACAUAAUUGAUUUUGUAUUAUUUCUA